AUGACUGCUUGCAAUGUCAGCCAGGGCCACCCUCCUUUCAUCAUUCUCCAAGGCAUUCCUGGGAUGGAAGACAAACAUAAAUGGAUAUCAGUUCCCUUCUCCUCCUUGUACUUCAUCACCAUCCUUGGGAACCGCACUAUCCUCUUCAUCAUCUCCACAGAACGUUCUCUGCACAAGCCCAUGUUCCUGCUUCUCUGCAUGUUGGCCCUCACAGACCUGGGCAUGUCCACAACCACCAUUCCCAAGGUUCUGUCCAUCUUCUGGUUUGGUCAGAGUGAGAUCAGCUAUGAGGGCUGCCUGGUCCAGCUAUUCUUCAUCCAUUCCAUCUCUGCCAUGCAGUCUGUUGUCCGGAUGACCAUGGCCUUUGACCGCUAUGUGGCAAUCUGUGAGCCCCUGCGCUAUGCCACCAUCCUUUCCAAUAGUCGCAUUGGGCUUAUUGGCUUGAUGAGUUUGGUGAGAGCCGUCCUCUUCAUUCUCCCCAUGCCCAUCCUCCUGCAGCAGAUGCCAUUUCAUGCCAAUCAUGUCAUCCCCACCACCUACUGUGAGCACAUGGCUGUGGUGAAGAUGGUAUGUGUGGAUACCACAGUUAGCCAAAUGUAUGGGCUGGACAUCUCAGCUAUUAGCUCAUCUUACAUGUUAAUCGUCUAG